AUGAUGUUCAUCCUCUGCCUCUCCUUACUCUUAACUGGCCUUCAAGUCCAUUGCCAUCACGUUCCAGGACACCAUGAGGAACAGGAGCACAGCGGAGAUAAAAACCCACUUGAACAUCAGCAUCAGCCUCCGGCAGAAGGGCAGGGAACUGAAGCAACUGUCUAUGACAAGAUUGUUGUGGAAAAUGCCGAAUUUGCAUUCAGAUUGUACAAGCUCAUUGCUUCAGACCCACAUCCCCAAAACGUCUUCUUCUCUCCCCUGAGCAUCUCCACAGCCUUUGCCAUGCUUACCAUGGGAGCUAAAGCGGAAACCCAUCGCCAGAUUUUCAAUGGACUUGGUUUCAACCUGUCAGACACUGAAGAGAAUGAGAUCCAUAGAGGAUUUAACCUACUCAUCCGCACGCUUAACCAACCCAAUAAUGUAACACAGACGAGUAUUGGGAACGCUUUGUUCGUAGAAGAGUCAUCACAAUUGUUGCCUGAAUUUCUGAACAAUGUCAAAACCUUGUAUAAAGCUGAAGCCAUUUCAACUUGCUUCAAGAACUCUGCAGCAGCAAAAAACGAGAUAAAUGAGUAUGUAAAGAACAAAACCAAUGGGAAAAUCACCCAAGUCAUCCAGGGGCUAGAUCCAAAUACAGUAAUGGUUCUUCUAAACUACAUCUUCUUCAAAGCAUCCUGGGAAAUUCCUUUUAACCACGUAUUGACCAGGGAAACAGAUUUCUUUGUAGAUGCCAAAACAACAGUGAAGGUGAACAUGAUGUAUCAAAAAGGUUCUUAUAAUUUUCUCCGUGAUGAAGACCUGUCUUCUUGGGUAGUCAAAGUGCCUUACAAGGGAGAUUCCGCAGCAUGGUUUAUUCUGCCGGACCAAGGGAAACUGAAGGCUGUGGAGGAUGCUUUGUCAGGAGCAGUUUUUAGAAAAUGGAGUACAUCUUUCCAAUCUGGAAAAAUAGAAUUAUUUUUGCCAAAAUUUUCCAUUUCUGGAUCCUAUGAUGUCAAAGAUCUGUUGCAGAGUCAGGGUGUGAAUGAUGUAUUCAGUGACAAUGCUGAUCUCUCUGGGAUUACCGGACAACACAAUCUGAAGGUUUCCAAAGCUGUUCACAAGGCUGUGCUGGAUGUUCAUGAGGGAGGCACUGAGGCAGCGGCAGUCACGGUUAUAGAGGUUUCAUUGACUUCUCUUCAACUGACUCCUCCUCCUCCUAUCCUCAGAUUCGACAAACCAUUCAUAAUGGCCAUUGCUAAUAAGCAAAUACGUCAUUUUAUCUUCAUAGCAAAAGUUAUGGACCCAACUCUAGAUUUCAGCAUGAAAGCUGGCAUUUUUCUUGUCAUAUUGGAACUGUGUGCCAAAAUGUGCUCGUCCAGUACAGAAGGUGGGAUUCCAGCAGAGCAACAGAGUUUCUUACCAAACAACUGGCCUUUCAAUAACACUGAAAAACAAUAUCGACAUCAGAAUGUAUCGGAUCCAGCUACCGAAGAAUCCACACCGUCAUUUUCCAUGCACAACUUCACAGAGAGGAACACCAAUUUUGGAUUCGAUCUCUAUCGGAAAAUAUCGCUGACACAUGACAACAACAUAUUCAUCUCUCCACUGUCACUGUCGUUCACUUUGGCAGUCUUUGCUGAGGCUUCCAGAGGGGAAACACACAACCAAAUUGUUAAAUCUCUCAACCUCCAUCUUUUGGAUGAUCAAGGGAAUCGGCUCCCAGCUUUUUUCCAGCAGCUGAGAGGCAAUAUCACCAAGAACAGGGAGUUUGUUCUUUUGCACGACACUCUCUCUUUCAUCCAGAAAGACUUCAGGAUAAAGGACGUCUUCUGUAACUUGUUGAAGCAAUAUUUUGACAUGGAAUUUCUGACAGUCGAUUUUCACAACUCUACUUUGGUUAAAGAUAUCAUCAAUCAGCACAUUAAACUAAAGACCAAUGGGAAAAUCCCCACAUUGUUCGAUUCAAUAGAUCAGCAAGCUAAAAUCAUUCUAGUGGAUUACAUUCACUUUAAAGGCAAAUGGCUGCACCCAUUUUCUGCUAAGUUCACAGAACUAGAAACCUUCUAUGUAGACAAUUACAAUACGGUCCAAGUGCCCAUGAUGUUCAAGACCGCAAGAGUUGCCUAUACAUUUGACAAGAAUUUGCGCUGUGUUGUGCUAAAGAUUCCAUACAGAGGGAGCGCGCACAUGUUGAUUGCCAUGCCUCAGGAGGGAGAUUUCCUCGCCCUGGAAGACCAUUUAACAGCUGGACUUGUGGAGUCUUGGCUUAGAAGCAUGCGAACCAGAAAAAUUGACAUGUACUUUCCAAAGUUCAAACUAGACCAGAAAUACUACAUGCAUCAAUUGCUUCAAGAUCUGGGGAUUAAAGACCUUUUCUCUAACAAAGCAGACUUGAGCCUACUCACAGAUCAGACAUAUGUAAAAGUAUCACAGGUUCUCCAAAGAGCAUACAUCGAAGUGGAUGAGGCAGGAACCGAAGCUGCAGCUGGCACGGGAUCAGAAAUCACACCAUAUUCUAUGCCUCCAGUUAUCCGGGUGAAUCGGCCAUUCAUUUUUAUGAUCUAUGAAGACUCCACAAACGCCUUGCUGUUUGUGGGUAGAGUUGCCAACCCUAUUGAGUUCUGA